CUGAGCCGCUGGAUCUUCCUUAUGAAUCGUUGCUUUGCAGACUGACCGGAUUUCUGCCGCGGACACCGGAGGGAGCAGCUGAUCCCAGACCAGCCGAACCUUUUGACUUCCUCUCUUCUCAGGAUCGCUCAUAUCUGCUGCUGCUGAAACUCCGGGGAUUAUUUAUUAUUUCUGAAGGAUUGAAGGAGCAGAUCUGAGCUGAAGAACUUUUUGCUUCUUCCGUUUUUAAAGUUAAUAUGUCUGCAGCUUCGGAUCAGAGUCAGCGGUUCUGCGUGUUGUCCUGGGAUCAGGUGCGGCGUCUGGACUCGAUCCUGGGGGAGGCUGUGCCCAUCCACGGCCGCGGAAACUUCCCCACUCUGUCCGUGCAGCCCCGUCAGAUCGUCCAGGUGGUGCGAGCCAGGCUGGAGGACAGAGGCGUGUGUGUUAAGGAUGUGAGGCUGAACGGUUCUGCUGCUAGUCACGUGCUCCAUCAGGACAACGGACUGGGCUACAAGGACCUCGACCUGAUCUUUGGCGUGUCGCUGAAGGAUGACCAGGCCUUCCGGCUGGUGAAGGAUGUCGUCCUGGACUGUCUGUUGGACUUCUUGCCGGCCGGAGUCUCCAAGGAGCGCAUCACGGCCCUGACCCUCAAAGAGGUGUAUGUUCAGAAACUGGUGAAAGUCUGUAAUGACACGGAUCGCUGGAGCCUCAUCUCGCUGUCCAACAACAUGGGCAAGAACGUGGAGCUAAAGUUCGUGGACUCUCUCAGGCGACAGUUUGAAUUCAGUGUGGACUCCUUCCAGAUCUGUCUCGAUUCUUUGCUCUUAUUUGACCGCUGCUCAGAGACGCCCAUGUCUGAGAGCUUUCACCCCACAGUGAUCGGGGAGAGCGUCUACGGCGACUUCCAGGCGGCUAUGGAUCACCUGUGUCAGAGAACCAUAGCCACUCGCAGCCCAGAGGAAAUUAGGGGUGGCGGCUUGUUGAAGUACUGCCACCUGCUGGUCCGGGGGUUCACUCCCUCUUCAGAAGCAGACAUGAAGCUGCUGCAGCGCUACAUGUGUUCACGCUUCUUCAUAGACUUCCCCGACAUAGGAGAGCAGCAGCGGAAGCUGGAGGCUUACCUGCAGAACCACUUCGCCGGCAUGGAGCACAAACGCUACGAGUGCCUGCUGACUCUGCAUCAGGUGGUGAAUGAGAGUACCGUGUGUCUGAUGGGCCACGAGCGGCGCCAGACGCUCAGCCUCAUCUCCAUGCUGGCGCUGAAGGUGCUGGCGGAACAGAACGCCAUUCCCACUGUGACGAACGUCACGUGCUACUACCAGCCAGCACCGUACGUGCAGGACAUCAACUUCAGUAAUUAUUACAUCGCACACGUGCAACCGCCUCAGAUCACGCAGUGCACUAGCGCAUAUCAAACAUGGCUGCCCUGCAGCUGAGCCAGGACGGGUCGCUCUGUUGGGGGGGGGACACACACUCAUGCUUGCCAAAUGUGACUUGACUGAAACAAUCCCGUACUGCUGUACACCUGAUCGAACUGACAGAAACACUGCUUAAAAUUUGACCCGGAAGUCAGAUAAGAGAUCUGGGAAUGACGGAAUCAUGUCAGGAAAACUGCUGGGAUCUUCUGUGCUCAGUGAUAAUCGUGCAUUUCUCUGCUUUCAAACACUAAAGCUCCUUGUUCACCAGCACAGGUGAUGAAAUAUUACAAAUGUGAUGAAGCAGAUGUGCAACCAAACAUUGUGUCCCCGCCGCUCUCACCUCGACUCCGCCUCCUUCCAGAUGUUCUGUCUGACUCCCGAGUUGAAACGAAGCGCACCGAUACCGUUUUCACGUUUCCUCUGGAAAACAUCCGUGAGAUUGCUGGUCAUUUCUGAGAUGUAGCUUUGAAUCUUAUUUAAGUUCUGAAAAACAAGUCGCUAAGAAACUUUCUGCAAAUGUCAGAAACACAAACAAACGCGGAUGCUGGUGUUAUUUUCAUACAGAUUUCUUUUUUAAUUCCGUACUGGACCAAAGAUGUUUUUGUUGCUCUUAAAGGAAAAAAAAAACCGAAUGUUGUUAUAAUUCCUGGUGCCUAAACAGAACCGCAAAACGUUGUAAAAACAUCUGCAAACAACAACUGUGAACUCAGUGUUUUCUAGAUCAGUCCAUCUCUCUUUUCAGAAACAGAAACAAUCAUUUUUGUGACAUUAAUAAAGGGAGACGCCCUUUUUUCACCGUGGUUAUUUUGUCUCCUUAUGACUGUUGACAUCUCAUUGUUCGGUUUUGAAGGGGUGGAGGUUAAUUCGUCGUGGGGAUUAUGUCAGUCAAGCUGUAAACUGUCACAUAAACGUCAUGUUUUCAUUAAAUAUGAGAAGCUUCGGCUGGAACACCA